AUGGACUACAUUGCAGCUUUCAAUGAUAACCUAAUUCACUACAAGGGGGAUACCUCUACUACCCCCGCCCAAAUACUGUCCAUGUUUCGUACUAGGUUGCGUGAGGAUCUACGCAAUGGACUCGAAUCCGAUGAUAUUGAGAGGUUUCUCUUGGCGGGAGCGGAGGAGGAGGAGGUGGAGCAGACCGCCAAUACGGCGGAGGUCACGGUGGCGGUGCCUCCGCCACCGCCGGCGGCUACGUCUUUCUCCAUGUUUUCGAAAUUUGAUAGAGAGAUGGAGAUGUCAGUGAUUGUUUCCGCUCUCACUCAUGUUGUCGCUGGUGAUCAUCAAGCAAUCAACGUCGGCGGAGGCGGAGAGCAUUUGGUGGCCAGCGGCUGGCCAGUUUCAGGUUCUUCUAUGGGAUGGGGUGGCGGAGUUAAGAGAGAGGGGGAGGAGAUGUCGCCGGAGCUGAAACGGUUUAAUAGAGGCUUUGGUGAGUUUCGAAGCUCGGCGGGAGCGACGUCUUCAAAUGUUGGAGCGAGCUUCCAAAUGACAGCACAAUCCUCUGCUCAUCCUGAUACAGAGACUGAUAUUCGGCCACGGUACAGAGGAGUAAGGCAACGGCCAUGGGGGAAAUGGGCGGCCGAGAUUCGAGAUCCAGUGAAGGCCGCUCGUGUCUGGCUCGGCACUUUUAAUACGGCGGAAGACGCCGCCAGAGCCUACGAUGAAGCAGCUCUGCGGUUUAGAGGGAACAGAGCAAAGCUUAACUUCCCGGAAAAUGUCCGGCUCCGGCAGCCUCAGCCAUUUUUUCAGGCUACUGGCUCUGUUCCUCAAACUCUGAUAAGAUUCCAGUCAGCUGAUAGUACAGGAGACUACUUGGAGUACUCGAGAUCGUUGCAGGAGAUAGCGGAGAACCAAAGAAGGCAGAGAAGUGUGUUGUUAGAACAAUUUAUGAGUUCAAGUUCUUCAGUUGCGUCUGCAGAAUCAUUGGGUUCUCAGGCGGUGAUGGGAGAUUCUUCGUCGGCGAGUUAUUUUCCUCCGUUUUACUCGGCGGCGGGGCAGCAGGAGGUGACUGUAAGCGCAUCGGAAACUCGAGAAUGGUUUACCUCGCCGCCGCCGCCGGAGUGGACCGGUUCCGGCAGCUAUCCACCGUCUUCUUCAUGUUGAAGCGGAGAGGUUUUACCUGUAGCAGUUCAUGUUCUUGUGUUUUUGAUGAUUUUUUUUUCUUCAGUAGAUGCCAUAAAUUACAAAUCAGUACAAUCUCUUCGCCAAUCACAAUCACUAAUCAUUCAAGCGUGGAUAAAAAUCUCAAAGUGUUUUUUAAUGAGAUUUUUGUGGUCUCCACUUCCACUAGACUAUUUCAUAUUUU